CAAUGAGCCAAAGAAAGAGCAGUGAACUAAUUUUGGAGGCCAGCAAUGUCCAUACAAGCAGCUGCUGGGGUCCUUCAGCGAGUGGCGAGCAGACUUUGGCAGUGAAGUGACACUCUAGUCUCUCUCACUUACUUACUCACACGCACAGACACACACACACACACACACACACACACACACACACAUACACACGCACACAUGUUAUGGCGCUUGGAGAGGAGAUAAUGUCAAGGCGCAAGGAGCAAAAGGACCUAGCGCUCAUUAAACAAGUGGAACUCAUUCUGGAUUCCUGCACACUGGAGCUCACUGCAGUGGAUGAAGUCUGGCCAAACCUCUACAUAGGAAACAUAGCUGUAGCACAGAAUAAAAAAACUUUAUCCAAGCUGGGCAUCACUCACAUCCUGAAUGCAGCUCACUCCAAGCAGGGAAGCAUCGGGGACCAACGUUUCUAUGGCGACGCUUACGUUUACUGUGGCAUACCAGCAGAAGACUCGGACCACUUUGACCUCAGUCAGUAUUUCAAACCCGCAGCGGACUUCAUCCAUAAAGGCCUAAAGAAGGACCACGGGAAAGUCCUGGUGCAUUGCAUUAUGGGCGUAAGCCGCUCAGCCACACUGGCGCUGGCUUACUUGAUGCUGCAUCAGCGUCUCACCCUCCACGAUGCUCUGAGGCACGUCGUGCAAAAACGUGCCAUAUACCCCAAUCGGAACUUCCUGAUGCUCCUCCACAAGCUGAGUGAACAGUUGGCAUUCAAAAGGAGGUUGUGUCCCCUCCUUUGAUGCGACACCUCCUUUGUUUUCGCCUCCUUUCCGCUACGACUCCCUGACAAACAUUUUGCAUGGACAACACUUUGAAGAGAUGUUUUGAGUUCCUAUAUUUUUCAUUUUAGUCACACAUUAUAAUAUCCGCAACUUUGUACAUACUGUAUUACUUCACAACCUUUUAAGAAACACAGAGAUCUUGUUUAUCAGUGGUUAUAAUAAGAAUACACACUGUUUUUGCUUGUUUUUAACCGCACAUACUAACCUUAACUAUAGGUUAUAUUCAUAGGAAUUGUAAUAAAAAUGGUGUAAAUUGAAAUCAA